UACUCUUCUUUCCUUCCAGUUUGUUUCACACUUUUUCCACUGUUCCCACAAUUUUGUGUUUUCAUCAAUGCGAAGUCGCGUUUUCGCGAAAAACGCCGACUCACGAGUCGCGAUUAUCUGCAUCAGUCGUGUCGCGUGUGCUACCAGUUAAAAAAAUUUCACCAACUUUACAUUUAAAGUCCAACUGAACAUUUCUAAGAACUGGCACCUAUUGAAAGAGGAUUUCGAGUGUGACAAUUUGUGUGCAUCGCUAGUGAAGAUAAAUGUGAUACAAAGUAUUAAAUAAUAGUUGUCGGGAUAUUUUGAACUCAACUAAAGUUUUAGUGAUAUUAUAAUAUAAAAACUUAAAUAUUAAAAAGUAUAUUAGCUGGAUAAAGAAUAUUUGACAUUCGGAAUGAACGUCAUGUAGAGUUUAAAAAAAAGUUAGUGUCUGAAAAAAUUAGACGUGGCUUGUGUAAGUGUCUUCGAAAUUGGAUUAGCUUUCUUCAUUUAUAAAGUUCCCAAGUGUUGUUGGAGUUAAUUUAAAAAUUGGAUCCAAAUCCAUAAAUGUGGAGGGCCUGACAGCUUAUUGGGAGGAGGAGCAGCGUCGAGUAAAUGCUGCUGCAAGCCUCUUUAUGAAUUACUCGACUAUAGCUGACCGAAGCAAGAUGGUUUCCCAUAUAAUUGCAGUACCUGGGGAUUUGCAACAAGGGAAUGGUAACCUAGGCUCUGCUGGACUCAACAGCCUGCAGGAUUCUCCCCAUCCUGUCAAAAUUAAACAGGAGCCUUACCAGCUGUCUCCAACUUCGACACUUCCCUCUAUCCAUCAAGUGAACAAUUUUGUCUCGGAACUACAGUCCAGUGGUUGCUUGGGUCCUACAACUAAGGAUUUUGAUUCCUCGAUUGGAAGUUUAUCGAGAACGAUAAGUUCACAGCAUCAUUCCGCCGUGCAUCAUCACCACAACAGUCAUAAUCAGAGCAGUCCAAAUUCUGAAAUUUCCGUACACUCGUCUAAUUCGACCCGCUCUAAUCAUCAUCAGUUGAAGGAAAAGGGUACCUCUCCAUCUGGUGGAGUGAGAAGUUCGACCAAUGGUAAUUCCACAGUAUCUAGUGCUUCUUCUACUCCUGCUGCUUCGGAAGCAACAGUCUCUGCUUCCAAUUCCAAUGUUGCUUCAGCAACAUCAACCACAACAAAGCCUCCUUAUAGUUACGUAGCUUUAAUAGCCAUGGCUAUUAAAGAGAGUGCACAUGAAAGAGCUACUUUGAGCGAAAUUUACGCUUAUAUCACUUCGAAAUUCCCGUACUUCGAAAAGAACAAAAAAGGUUGGCAAAACUCCAUUAGACAUAAUUUGUCCUUGAACGAGUGUUUUGUCAAAGUACCACGAGAAGGUGGAGGAGAGAGGAAGGGCAAUUUCUGGACUCUAGACCCUACAUAUGAAGAUAUGUUUGAGCAUGGCAAUUAUCGUAGACGAAGGCGUAUGAAACGACCUUACAGAAAUCCUCCUUAUCACCACAAAGGUCUAUUUAGUGAUCCGUAUCCUGCAAGUCACGUUCAUCUUAGUGCAACUAGAAAUCUUUUCGCUCAUUCACCACCAUCUUAUGCUGCCCCUCCAUAUCCUCGAUAUGAUACCAGCUCUUGGAGUCUUCAGCAGCCUCAGUUUCCAAGUUAUUCGCACUGUCAAGCGCUGCAACAGCAAUUGCAACCAAUGCAAUCUAUGCAGAUCCCGUCGAUGAAUGGUUACGGACAACUAAGUUCAUCUUUAGCUUUUCAAGGAGAUUAUCUUGGUGUUGCAGGUAGUGCGACUGGUUCGCCGGUGUCUAUGAGUGGUAGCUCUUUUGGUAGCAACUUCUCAACUUGUGGAAGGCGAUACGAUGGUACCGCCACAUAUUGGCCGGAUGUUGUAAAAGAGGAACCGGGAAGCACGACCGUCUCUCCAAGUGGUUUGUCCACUGGAGUUGGUGUGGGAUCAAACAUGGUAGGAUCAGCAAUUCCUUCUAGUGUAUCAUCAACGGGCUAUUCCACUGUAGAAUUUCAAAAUCGACCCAAAUGUUUCAUGUGAAUGGAGUUGCUAAUUGACGAUACUAGCAAAUUCACGAACAUGCCACCUCGGUCUCAAGGUGUCGGUAAAAAAGAACAUAAUCUUGCACAUGACUGAUCGAUCGUCAAUGUACGACCAGGUCAACAUUUUUCGAGAUUGUAUUUGUAUAUUCUAAAGAAACGUAUCGAUUUGAUCUCCAAUUUGCGUCUCGUAAGAUUUAUGAAAAAUCACGGGAAUUUAGUCUUAGAUGGCUUAUUUAUCUUACUUUGGCUGUGCGUGGCCCUGUUGUUUUAGGAACUCGCGCGUACCUAUAAAACAUGUCACAGUAUGUCACACAACUCGCGUAGUGAAUAUAAGCCUAGAAGAGAAUAAAGAAAGACGAUGAGUUUUGAUGUGCGAUUACUUCGGUUAGGUACGCACGUAUUUCUCGGGUACUGGUACGUACGUGCAACUCGCACUACCUUGGCGUCAGAAAUAAUUUUGGCUUGAUUAAUACCAACGCUGAAUGCUCGGUAUGAAAUAUGUAGUGCUGCCGCAAAUCGCGUAACAUAAUUGUUAACCAACGUCCCGCUCAAUCUUGGGUCACACACAUCCUGAGAUCGUUGCGAUUACAUUAUAUUUAGAAAAAAGUACAAGUUGUUAUUUUGAAUGGUCAUAAAAAACUUUUUAGAUAUAUGGGACCAGAAAUUGGUAUAUAGCUGAUGAGUAACGCGAGCGUGCCUAAUCGAAAUCAGCUCUGAUAUAGGUGAUAAAUUUAGUUUCAAAGUGUUUGUGUUAAGACAGUAUAAGGCUGACCUUAUUCUCAUAGAUUUUUAGAAUACGUAACUUUAUCAAAAAGGAAAGGACACUUCUAAACUGGUGUAUUUCAUUAAUAGGAUAAAUGUAAUAAUAGAUUAUAUCCGAGUCACAAACUUUGGUCAAUGUACAACUCUAGGAAAUUGCAACUAAAUGUAACAAACAAUUCUGUCUGUAUUUUUCUCAUUGUUUUUAUAAUGACUGCUAGACAGUAUUUCGUAUAAUUUUAUAAUUCGUAAUACAAAUGCCUAGCGGAAGUUCUUCUAAUUUGUUAAAGAUUUUAAGUGAAUUAUUUAUCUUUCUUGAAAUUAUUGUAUGAUACAAAAAUAUCUUAAAUUCAUAUAAGAUAUAAAAUUCCAAAGACCAAGUCUGAGGUAUACGCAGAUCCUCAUUUAUAUAUUGUGUAAAAUAUAUAUUGUUUUCAAAAUGUAAAUCUAUUUAGUUAACAUUGUUUUUUUUCUACGCAUUAUUUAUAACAGCAUCAUAAAUAUAUAUUUCGCUGCCGUCGUUAGCAUUUAGUGAUACAUUGUGGAAUCAAGCGUCUCAUCAAUAAACAAUGCAAUGAAUUGCAAUUUCAGUGCAUAUAUAUAAGGAAAUUCUGAAACAAAGUUUGAUUCGUGCUAAAAAAUACAGAUAAGUAUGUGCUAUAAUGAAGAUGAUUCGUAAAUUUCUCAACAAGGAAUUUUAAUCUCUCCUCUUUUUUUUCAAUCUCACCAAGAUUGUCACCAAAUAUUGAUAAAGUACCGGGGAAAAUUUUUUCAGUAUUGGCCUAGAAGUUCUGGUUGCCAAUGUUGGCCGAGCAAUGGCCAGCACGUGCAGAUUAUAAAUAUCAGAAAGAAGAAUGCCGUAUGAAUAGCGUACUAUAUAUAAUAUAAUGGAAUAUUGAGUUUGCUCAAAUGAGCUCUUCUUCGUAGUUCGAUGCAUAUGUCCAAUGGAAAGAUUGGAUUACAAAAGACUUUUACUCGGUUUUCUUAUUAAUGUGCAGCGCAUUGUCUUUCAUCUCUUCGUAGAACCACAAUACCGACAACAAUAUAAAGGCAGCCGGUGCGUAUCGUUUAUUAGCACUGUAUAAAUGGGUAACUGGUAAAGAUAAAAAAAAUCGAAAGAUCUGAAAAACUGGUGAAAAUUCUGUCUACAAAAACAUAUCCUUUAUGUUUGUCCUUAUCAUGCUGGAAUUUAUAUUAUAAUUCUCAAUGUACGUAUUUUAUACCAUAUUUUUUUUAACGAAAAUAAUAUAAUAGCGGGAUUGAACUUCGUAAUAUAUAUGCUCUAUUGCGAUUCCAAAAAGUUGUAAAUAUUUUCUUUUUCAAACAAGCCUAGGCACUUGUCAUUAACUGGAAUUGCGUUUCUACGGUUUAGGACAUAAGAUCUACUGAAAACAACGUUAUAAUUAUAU